GGGGGCCUUGGCCGUCCUUGCUCCACAGCGUCACCCCGCCAAACAAUGCGCAUCACUGUUCGCAACCCAGCCGCUCCCUCCCGCUUCCAACCCCGCGAGCAGAGCAAGCUUGUCCUUGCCAGGCGCCAUGGCUCCGCAACCGCCCCAGACGCUGUCCGUCAAGCGCAAGCGCAACGACGCUCCCGUCCACCACCUCGUCGUCGAUGCCGAUCGGGACCGCACAGUCAAACGCCAGAAGAGCGCGCCCAGAUUCACCUGGCGCCUGCUCCAGAAGCCCGGCGAGCAUGUGCCGGCUGCCUUGCCAUCGCCCACACCCCAGCAGAACCGACGCUUUCACGUGUCGCUGUCCGCGGGGCAGCGCGUCCUCGUCGAAGCCCCCGACCUGCCUGACACCGUACCCGCAACCGCUGGCGAGACCCCGAGUGUCCCCAGUAUAGCAGACGCUGCCGAGCCACGAGAUGCAGCCCGCGCCACGCCAGCCACUCCGCGCCCCCGGAAGCGUCCAGGCGCUGCAGCCGCUGUGCGCAUAAAUCCUGCCUACGCCGCGCAAUCCGAGGACGACGCCAAUCCUUCAGACGAGCACGUCAAGCACUUUGAGAAGCUGGCCGAGGAGCUCGAGCAGGAAGAGCUGGCGCAGGCGAAACCCGCACCCAGUCCCGUCAAGUAUCUUCCCACCGGGCCUGCCCGCCGCCCCAGGAAAGCCGCGCUCGCAGUGCAGGACCCAGAUGCCAUGGAUAUAGACGAGUACGUGAUUGACACAUAUGUGCGUGAGGAGCUCAUGUCCGAUUCGGACGGCAAUAUCGCUGAGCACGAGGGCAUUGUCGGGUACAUCAUCUUGAAAGAGGAGGACGAGGACUGGUGGAACGGCGAGGACGAGAGCGACAAGGAAUUUGAUACCGACGAGGACGACGAGAACGCAGAGGACUACUAUGCCAACGACUACCCAGAGGACGAGCUCAGCUCAGACGACGAGUUCGAUCGCGAUCCGUACCAGCGCAAGUAUCGCCAUGGCUCGGAUGACGAGGAGUAUGACCUGAACGACGAUGCUUUCAGUGGCGACGAAGACGACGAUCACUUCCGGCGCUUGACUCUGCCGGGACAAGCUGCCUUGUUGAACCGUCCUGGCCGCUAGCAUAGCACCCUUCUCGGCUUGUCUAUGCAGCCAUGAUUAUAUUUGGAGAUACCCCGUUGAAUAGAACCAACAUUCGAUACACCUUGACAUCCGUACCGCAAUGAUCCGACCGAACCACUUUUCUUGUAUCGCGCCACUUGAUG